AGCCUGGUUGGCAGCUGCGGCGCAGAGUCCAGCCGCUGGUGCGCGGAGCGGUUCACCGUCUUCGGAGCGGUUCGGCCCAGCCUUUUGCCCAGGCGCCCAGGCCCGGUGCGCGCGUGCGUGAGCGCGCCUGCGCCGCCGGGGCCGCUGCGAGGGGAGGAGAGCGGCCGCCUCAGGAGGAUCCCUUUUCCCCCAGAAAUUACUCAAUGCUGAAACCUCUCAAAGUGGUAUUAGAGACGCUGAAAGCACCAUGGAUGGGUUUUAUGAUCAGCAAGUCCCUUUUAUGGUCCCAGGGAAAUCUCGAUCUGAGGAAUGUAGAGGGCGGCCUGUGAUUGACAGAAAAAGGAAGUUUUUGGACACAGAUCUGGCUCACGAUUCUGAAGAGCUGUUUCAGGAUCUCAGUCAACUUCAAGAGGCUUGGUUAGCUGAAGCACAAGUUCCUGAUGAUGAACAGUUUGUCCCAGAUUUUCAGUCUGAUAACUUGGUGCUUCAUGCCCCACCUCCAACCAAGAUCAAACGGGAGCUGCACAGCCCCUCCUCUGAGCUGUCGUCUUGUAGCCAUGAGCAGGCUCUUGGUGCUAACUAUGGAGAAAAGUGCCUCUACAACUAUUGUGCCUAUGAUAGGAAGCCUCCCUCUGGGUUCAAGCCAUUAACCCCUCCUACAACCCCCCUCUCACCCACCCAUCAGAAUCCCCUAUUUCCCCCACCUCAGGCAACUCUGCCCACCUCAGCCCACGCCCCUGCAGCUGGCCCUGUUCAAGGUGUGGGCCCCGCCCCCGCCCCCCAUUCGCUUCCAGAGCCUGGACCACAGCAGCAAACAUUUGCGGUCCCCCGACCACCACAUCAACCCCUGCAGAUGCCAAAGAUGAUGCCUGAAAACCAGUAUCCAUCAGAACAGAGAUUUCAGAGACAACUGUCUGAACCCUGCCACCCCUUCCCUCCUCAGCCAGGAGUUCCUGGAGAUAAUCGCCCCAGUUACCAUCGGCAAAUGUCAGAGCCUAUUGUCCCUGCAGCUCCCCCGCCCCCUCAGGGAUUCAAACAAGAAUACCAUGACCCACUCUAUGAACAUGGGGUCCCAGCCAUGCCAGGGCCCCCAGCACACGGGUUCCAGUCACCAAUGGGAAUCAAGCAGGAGCCUCGGGAUUACUGCGUCGAUUCAGAAGUGCCUAACUGUCAGUCAUCCUACAUGAGAGGGGGUUAUUUCUCCAGCAGCCAUGAAGGUUUUUCAUAUGAAAAAGAUCCCCGAUUAUACUUUGACGACACUUGUGUUGUGCCUGAGAGACUGGAAGGCAAAGUCAAACAGGAGCCUACCAUGUAUCGAGAGGGGCCGCCUUACCAGAGGCGAGGUUCCCUUCAGCUGUGGCAGUUCCUGGUCACCCUUCUUGAUGACCCAGCCAAUGCCCACUUCAUUGCCUGGACAGGCCGAGGCAUGGAGUUCAAGCUGAUAGAACCGGAAGAGGUUGCUCGGCGCUGGGGCAUCCAGAAGAACCGGCCAGCCAUGAACUAUGACAAGCUGAGCCGCUCUCUCCGCUAUUACUAUGAAAAGGGCAUCAUGCAGAAGGUGGCUGGAGAGCGAUACGUCUACAAAUUUGUCUGUGACCCAGAUGCCCUCUUCUCCAUGGCUUUCCCGGAUAACCAGCGUCCGUUCCUGAAGGCAGAGUCUGAGUGCCACCUCAGCGAGGAGGACACCCUGCCGCUGACCCACUUUGAAGACAGCCCUGCUUACCUCCUGGACAUGGACCGCUGCAGCAGCCUCCCCUAUGCCGAAGGCUUUGCUUACUAAGUUUCUGAGUGGCAGAGUGGCCAAACCCUAGAGCUAGCAGUUCCCAUUCAGGCAAACGAGGGCAGUGGUUUUGUUUGUGUUUUUGACUGUUCCUAAAGCUUGCCCUUUGAGUAUUAUCUGGAGAACCCAAGUCGUCUCUGGAUUGGCACCCUUAAAGACAGAUACAUUGGCUGGGGAGUGGGAACAGGGAGGGGCAAAAAACCACCAAAAGGCUGGUGCCUCAACUCUGAUUCUGAUGAGGUUUCUGGGAAGAGAUCAAAAUGGAGUCUCCUUACCAUGGACAAUAUAUGCAAAGCAAUAUCUUGUUCAGGUUAGUACCCGCAAAACGGGACACAGUAUGUGACAAUCUGCAUCGAUCAUGGACUACUAAAUGCCUUCACAUAGAAGGGCUCUGAUUUGCACAAUUUGUCGAAAAAUUACAAACCCAUAGAAAAGUAAGUAGGCUAAGUUGGGGAGGCUCAAACCAUUAAGGGUUAAAAAUAUAUCUUAAACAUUGGAAAGCUCUUCUAGCUGAAUCUGAAAUAUUACCCCUUGUCUAGAAAAAGGGGGGCAGUUAGAACAGCUGUAGCCCAGUUCGUGGUUCUCAAAAUCAUAAACCAUGGCUACUCUUGGGAACCAUCAGCCAUGUGCGCCAAGUAGAGCAAGCACCCUUUCUCUUCCCAGUCACAUGGCUGAGUGUGGAUGACUUUUAGGAGAAGGGCGAUUAACACUUUUUGACAGUAUUUUGUUUUGCCUUGAUUUGGGGGAUUGUUUUGUUUUGGUGGUUGUUUUGGAAAAACAGUUUAUAAACUGAUUUUUGUAGUUUUGGUAUUUAAAGCAAAAAAACAAAAAACAAAAACAAACCUUUUGGUAACUGUGCACUGUGUCCUUUAGCCAGGGCCGUGCCAACUUAUGAAGACACUGCAGCUUGAGAGGGGCUUUGCUGAGGCUUCCCCUUGGCCAUGUGAAAGCCCGCCGUGUUGCCUGCUUUGUGCUUUCUGCACCAGACAACCUGAUGGAACAUUUGCACCUGAGUUGUACAUUUUUGAAGUGUGCAGGGCAGCCUGGACACAAGCUUAGAUUCUCUGUGUAUAGUUCCCCGUGUUCACUAACAUGCCCUCUCUGGAAAGCAUAUGUAUAUAACAUGUGUCAUGUCCUUUGGAAACCUGGUCACCUGGUGAGAACCCUUGGGAUUCUUCCCUGGGCAUGACUGAUGACAAUUUCCAUUUCAUCAGUUCGUUUUGUUUUCCUUUUUCUUUAAAUCUUGGACUUUAGACCCUACCUGUGUGAUUCAGUAGGGUUUGAGACUUACGUGUGUAACUGACAGGUAAGCAACAGUGCUAGCAUUCUAGAUUCCUGCCUUUUUUAAAAAAGAAAUUAUUCUCAUUGCUGUAUUAUAUUGGAAAAGUUUUAAACAACCAAGCUAAAGCUACGUGAAAGCUGAGUUCAAAGUAGAGGAAAAAAUUACUGGUGGUACCUUGCUGCCUGCUCUGCUGGUAGAAUUCUGUGCUCCCCAUGACAUUUAGCACAUUAAGAAGGACUGCACUGUUCCUCGUAUGUGAAGGAGGCAGUGCUGACUCCGUGAGUGUGAGACACAUGUUUGAACUGCUUUUCUAUCAAUGGAGCACUCCAUAGUCUCAAACUGUCCCCCUUAUGACCAACAGCACAUUUGUGAAGAGGUUCACAGGGAUAAGGGGUGUACUUUAUAGCUAUGGAAACGUGAGAUUCUCCUCUAUUGGAAGCUAAUUAGCCCACAAAGGUGGUAAACCUGUAGCUUGGGCCUUAAUUAGCGUUGUACUCUAAUCAAAGGACUCUUUCUAAACCAUAUUUAUAGCUUUCUUAACCUACACAUAGUCUAUACAUAGAUGCAUAUUUUACCCCCAGCUGGCUAGAGAUUUAUUUGUUGUAAAUGCUGUAUAGAUUUGGUUUUCCUUUCUUUACUUACCCUGGUUUGGAUUUUUUUUUGAAUGGAUUUAUGCUGUCUUAGCAAUAUGAAAAUAAUCCUCUGUAGCCUGAGCUACCCCUCCCCUGCUGUAACUUACGUGGCCUGUGCUGUCACCGGGCAUAGGACAGCAGCAUCACCAUUGCAUUCCCAUCGGACUCAUGCACCUCCCGGAUGGUUUUGGGUUUUUUCGGGGGUUCUUUGGGGUUGGUUUGUUUGCUUCUUUUCCAGAGUGUGGAAAGUCUACAGUGCAGAAAGGCUUUAACCUGCCAGUUGAUUUGAAAUACUUUCCCCUGCGCAGGGCCGUAUGCAUCCUGCCAAGCUGCGUUAUAUUCUGUACUGUGUACAAUAAAGAAGUUUGCUUUUCGUUUACCAAG